CGUUGAAUAUAGCACGGAGCCGGCACAAGAAUUUCAGUUUUCACCAACGAUCACGCACGACGAUGGAGAGUGCCGCCGCCUUUGCGCACCAAGUGACCCCCUUUCUGACGUCAGGACAUCAGCUGUAUGCAGCAUCUUGCCGCGAUACCAUGCGCCGCUUCCAUACCCAGUCUCCUGUGACUCCGGCGCAGAUUCAGGUCCUUGAACAGCAGGGAAAUCGAGCGGAUUCGUGGGACAGUGUGUACACGAAAGGGAGCGCGGCUAGCCUUAAGCGUGUCCGGAACUGUACCUUCCGGGGUCGCGUCUAUCUUGGCGACUUCGAGAAGGACGUUAUGGUAGACAACGUGCCCUUUCCGAGCGGAUGCUACAACUCCACUGUCGUUGACAGCUACGUCCUGGACAACGCAUUGGUGCAAGACACGUUUCUCCUCCACCGUUCGGCAUCCUCAGUCUCGGGUCAACUCCAUCUCACGUCCACUUGUCUCUCUGUUGUAGGAACUUACGUGAGCCAAGGUGCCGUUAUUGUCGGGUGUGGCACGAUCACAUGUUCUGGGCCUGAAGUCACAUACGGCAAUGGAACCGUGCUCAAGGUCGGCGUCGAGAUCGGAGGUCGGGAAAUCGCCAUGUUCGCAGACAUGCCAUUCCACCUGGCGGCAAUUGUCGGGGAGUCUCGCGGGAACGCGGCAGAGCUCAAAGCGUACGAGGACCUUGUUCGGACAUAUGCAAAGAGCGUGCGAUGCGACGGCUUCAACGUCAUUGCCCGUCAAGCCAAGGUCCUUCGUUGCCCUAAGAUCCGAGACGUGUUUGUCGGCGACGGCGGAGUGGUGGAAGAUUCGGUCGUGUCCAACUCGACAAUUCUGUCGACCCCGGCCGAAUUCAGCUCGAUCGUCGGGUUCUCCCAAGUGCAUUCGUCGAUUUUGCAGUGGAAUGCCCAUGUUGACGGUGGCAGUUCUGUCGAGCGAUCGUUCCUAUUCGACUGCUCCCACGUCGAGCGCCACGGCAUGGUCAUGGAUUCGCUUCUCGGUCCCAACACGGCGAUUGCCGAAGGCGAGUGCACGUCGACAUUCCUCGGUCCAUUUGUGGGAUUUCACCACCAAGCGAUGAUUGUCGCGGCAUUUUGGCCACGUGGCCGCGGCAACAUUGGGUACGGUGCCAACGUGGGCAGCAACCACACAUUGAAAGCUCCGGACCAAGAACUAUGGCCUGGCGAAGGGGUGUUUUACGGUCUAUCCGUCUCGAUCAAGUACCCGAGCAACUUUACGAACGCUGCGUACUCGGUCAUUGCGACGGGUGUGUCGACGCUACCGCAAAAGCUUGACAUGCCGUUUGCCCUCGUCAACAUCCCUGGCCACAACAUCCCAGAGCUCUCGCCAGCCAUCAACGAAAUCUACCCUGGGUGGGUGUUGUCACAUUCGAUCUUUACCGUGUUGCGCAACCAAGACAAGUUCGACAAGCGCAACAAGUCGAAACGAACCAAGCUGGACGCACCGAUCUUUCGCCCCGACAUUGUCACCAUGAUGCAAGUCGCGUGCCAACGACUCGUCGAUGCCGAGAAGAAACCCGUCAAGAUUCGACAUGGCAGAGAGAUCAUUUACACUGAGAAACAGGUGCCUGGUCUGGGCAAGAAUUACAUGACGGAAUCGUCUCGUGUCGUGGCCAUUGAAGCGUAUUCGUUUUACACUCGUGUGUAUGCGCUGGAAGGGUACUGGCACAUGCUACAGCGCGGCGCGUUCUCGGUUGAGACCCCGCUGGACCAGGUUUCGAUUCCCGAGAACCUCGACCACGACACGAAAGCGAGAUGGUCCCAUCAACGUGCAAUUUUGGCCGAUGGUGUUGGCGUCGCCCAAGGCGGCGACCUUCUCCGGGAACUUGUUGCGGCCUACAAGAGCAUUGCGAAAAACGCAGAAGACGGCAAAUCCCGCGACGACAAGCGAGGCCAGCACAUUAUCCCAGAUUACAACUUGGUGCACAAGAAGGCGUCGGAAGAGCGUAUCGUGAUCGAAGCCCAUCGACGAGCAACCGACCUCGAACGUGCCGUUGCCAACUACUUGCCACGACUCUAGGCACCACAUCCUCCAUUCGACAUUCUCGGAGAUCUCCAUCGAGCUGAUCACGGUUUGACGGAGGUGAUUGCGACUCCAUGCCAAUCCUCCACCGAGGUUUCCACAGCGCAGCUGCCGCUAGGCUUCGUAAUGCAAGACCUAUCAUUGCCACUAGGUUCUUUGUCUUUGAAGUCAUCGGAAAAGUGUUUCCGUCCGCCCGAGUGUGGGCAUUCAUCAAGGCGCCAGGACAACAAGGGUGACGCCUGUGCGCAGGGCAGGGUGAGGGUGCCCGCCUGCACCCGAGAUUGCAGAGUGUGGUCGCGAGUAUAGAGGGAACGAAGACGGUUUACUAUAAUGCAGAAGAGCAUGGAA